AUGCGAGGAUUUCUGACGUUUUUGCUGAUUUUGGCGGUGGGUGCAGCCACGGAUGUCGUCGUGGACAAUAAGAAGUUGGUGAUGAUCCAGGCGGUGAGUUUUUCAGCUCAAAAGGGUCAAUUUUAUACCAUUUUGUCAAGUUUAUGAUGCGAUUUAUCUUCAUCGAAUAUAAUUCCACAAAGUUGAGUAUUUUGUCAAGAAAUAAAUGAAGAAAGUGAAGCCCUUCUUGCGAUUUUUCGUAUUUUUCCCGCGAUUUUAUCGAUAAACUUUUUUCCGUACUUUAUAGAGGAACAUCGGUUAGUAGAUUGCUUGAAAACUGGCAAAUUUUUCAUUUUUUUCAAUUUUAGGAUUUUUUUUUUUUCAUAUUUUAUGUUCAUAGAGUUUCAUAAAAGUAUGUCAUUUCACUUUUUGUUUGGGAAUUUUCUAAAAAUUAGUCAAAACACUCCUUGAAGUACCAUAUUGAGUUUCUGAAAGUCUCAACCUGUAAAAUUCCAUAAUUUUUUUAAGAAAUAAGGGCCCAAAGCUUAAAAAAAGGCUGUUUCUAGGGUUUUUUUGAUGGUUCUCUUUGAUUUUUAAGGCGUCGUUUCUCAAAAAAACUAAAAAAAGUUCUUUAGGUUUAGAGUUUCAUGACCAUUUUCUAGAACGUCAAGAAGAAUUCUGACAUGUUUUUCAGGAAAAAUCUGUAAAAAAAUACCUCCUUUUCCACAGACAUUUCCUUGAAUAAAUACGAAAGUUUGAUCUAAAAAAAUUUUUUUUUGUUUAUUUUAAAAAAACUUCCUUUUUCAGUUAUGGCGACAUGGAGACAGAUCACCGACGGAAACUUUCAAAUCGGAUUAUUUCCAAGAGUCGAGCUGGAACUUUGGCGGCGGCGGCUGGGGUCAGCUCUCACCUGUGAGCUUGAACUUUUUCCUUUUUAUAAGUUUUUGAAAGAUUUAUAGCUUCUCCAAGCAAAAAAAAAACUGAAAAAAUGGUGAAAUAAAAAAAAAAAUUUUUUGCUGAAUUUUUUUCACAAAGAUUCAAAUGUAUGAUGAUAACUUUAAGGUUUCAUGGUCCAAAUUUAUUAUCUACAAGUAAUAAUUUAUUUAAUUUUUUUCUUUUGUAUAGAAAUUACCUACGUGCAAAUUGUGAAAAAAAAGUGUGGAUUUUUAAGCGAUUUUAAGAAACGCCGGAGUGGUCCCUAUAGGGGUUAAGGGCAAAAAUAGUCCAAUCCAAAUAUGCCUCUUAUAGGGCCGAUAACUGAACCUCUAUAGAGGUCCUUUUUGCAAGUUUUAGUUGUCCCUCGAGGGGAAAAGAAGGGACCUUAUAGGGGAACCUUCAAGGGCCCUUAAGGUUGCCCCUGUGGGGACCACUUUGAAGAAAAAACCUGUAAAAACCCAAAAAAUGAAUACUUCCCUCCAAGAUUGGCAUGAGACAACACAUGGAGCUCGGCCAGAAGAUCCGAAACCGCUAUGUGGACGGGAAUCCGUACAAUUUUCUCUCCAACAGGUACCAGUCCAAGGAGGUUUUUUUUUAUUAUUCAUUAUUCUCACAUUUAUUAAUGGCAGGUGUAUGUGCGCUCCACGGACAUUAACCGAACGUUGGCCUCAGCUUUUUCCAACAUGCUGGGCAUGUACGGCCAGGACGUUGGUAGUAAUGUGGCAGGUAGGAAAAGUCUCUCGGUUUCGUGAAAAAUCCUUUCAAACCAAAGCAUUGGUUUCAUUUUUGUUAAAAAAAAAAUCAAGAAAAUGGCUCAAAACUUUGCCCGUUUUUUGAAAGGUUGAACAUCUUGCGCCCGACCGCUAGCGACUUUAAAUACAUGAUACAAGAUGCCAAAGGGCGCUGAAGCAAACCAGGGCGACUUUCAUUUUCGUAAUGAAUUUCUACAUCUUUAAAUUGAAGAUUUUGAGAAACAAGAACGAUUUUUCUAUCCAAAAUAAGCAUGCUGAAGAACAAAGUUUUUUUUCUUGAACCUAUUUUUAAAUGAAGAAAGAUUUCAUUAUUUGAUUUUCUAUGUCAACAAUUUGAAAUCGAUCAAUUUGUUCAGAUUUGGACUACCCAGUGGUGAAAGGUUGGCCAACAGGUCUGGUCCCGAUCCCGAUCCACACAAUCGACGACGCUACUGAUCAUGUGGGGAAUUUUCAAAUUUUCUUUCUUCAAUGAGAGGUUAGGCUUCAAAAUUAUAGGUUGUUUGGGUUUAACGAUUUUUUUUUACAUGCUUGGCAUCCGUUAAAAAUAUAGAGGCAGUAAAAAAACGAUGUUUCAGUUCAAAGUUUCAGUAAUUUGUAGAGUUUUUCAUUGUGAAUCGAAUGGUUAGCCUAGAAACGUACCGAAUUUUCUAGUUUUGGAGAAAAAAAAAAUUCAAAGUCGGAGAGAGAAAAAUUUUCCCGCCGAAAGGGCGUUUUGCAGUAAAGUUGCUCUAUGGAAAACACGUAUCGGCAUUUUUUGGAUUUUCGCUUUUUUCUUCAAAGUUUCCUUUUUUUUCGAAAUUUAUCUGCACUUAUUCAAGUUGAUCGACGUUGACAAUACUUGUCCGUUCCAAGACGCCGUCUGGGGUCUUUCCAAGCAAACGCCUCAAGUCAGCGCCUUCAUUAACAGACCUGAUGUGAGUUUAUUCCAUUAGGAAACUAUAAGAAUAACUAAUUUAAAAAAAAACUGGCUAGCUUUUAAAAGUUAUAUUCAUGUUUCAAGCUCCCGUUUUAUGAAAUUUUCAGCGUUUUUCAUACUUUUGCAUUUUUUGUGCCUUUUUUAUUACUCAGUAUUGGGAGCCACAAGUUCUAGGGAUCCAAGUAUGAGCCAAUAUUGGAAUUUUUAUCGGAAGCUAGAAAAUUAAUGUGAAGUUAAUGCAAGAAAAGAUACUUAUAAGAAGAUGAGAAGGUCCUUUCUGCAUUUUUUUCUUUUUUUAUAAGACUUUUUAGCAAUUUUUCCUUUUCUUGCGAAUAUAAAAAAAUCCACGAAUCAGGUCGUGGCGAACUUCACGUACCUUUCCCAAGUUUGCGGACAGCCCAUCGACGUCGACAACCUUUGGAUCGUCUACAGCGCUUUGAAAAAUCGAAGUUUCUUCUUUAAAUGAAUUUAAAAUAAACGUCUUUUUAAAAACAGAAAGAAUAUUUCGCCAACCAACUCCCUCUCAGGACUCCCUGGUACAGUGACCAGCUUUUGGACCUAAUCGACGUCAUAAAUGACCAAGUCCAGGACUUCCAGAAUGGCAACUUUGACUGCAAGUUUUAACCAUUUUCCGUCAUUUCGCGAUCAAAGUUGAUCAAAAUUCUGAUAAGAUCUAAUCGGAAACUCAAAGUUGAGAAGAAAAAAAAAUUUAAAAUCUAUAAAUUCUGAAGUUUUUUCAGCUUAAUUUUCAAAAAGAGUAUGAAAUACUGGGAAUAUUUAAAGUGGCCACUAUAGGGUUUUGACGUUUUAGUGGCCACUACAGUAGUCAAAUUAGGGGCCACUUGAGGGGUUAAAAAUAAGUGGACACUUUAGAGUUCUAAGUGGAUGACCAAAACUACUAUAGUUGUCACUAAUGAACAAAAUAGUGGCCUCUAUAGAGGUGAAUGUAGUGGCCACUUUAGGGUCCUCUUCAAGUAGUAUUUGGAGAGCCUCUAUAGUGGGCACUAGAAGUUCUCCUAGUAAUAUCUAUCUACCUAUUUUUUUAUUUAAUUUUAUUAUUAUUUUUUUCUUAUUUUGUUCAACAUUUUUUUAGUAGACUCAUCUGCACAUUGAACAUCAUUUUUUUCUGAAGUUGAGCUCAAAAAUAAAUCUGCUUGACGGAAAAAAAUGAGCACAAUUUCCCAAUUCAAAAUUUUAUUCCCCUCUUUAUUUUGAGGCUUUUGUUUUUGUUUUUUUAAUUUUCAUUCAUUUUUUCAGUAGUUUUUUAGAAAACAAACUUUCAGUUCAAUUAUUUUUUGAACCUUAAAACUUGCAGAGUUUCCUGAAAACGUGUCUUCUAAACUUCUUAUUUUCCAGCUGUGAUGGCCUACGGACUGGACUUGCCGCUGACGCUCCGAAAGAUCCGCUCAGGAACCCUGAUCAACGACAUGAUGAAGCACAUGGCGUUGAACGUCAAGUGUGCCGGUCAGAACACUUCCGACUGUACAUAUUCCAGCAAACUCAAAUAUUUUGCCUACUCAGCGGUGAAUUCAACUUCUUGAAUGAAGAAAACGAAUAAUUUCAGCACGAUUCAACAAUUUACGCCUUCUUUUCCGGGCUUGGCGUUGAACAUUUCGCGCUUCAGCCUCCAGGUUUUGAAUUGAAAAAUCAAAAAAACCAUGAUUUUUUAUAGGACACUAUCCUGAAUAUUCCGCAUGCAUUAUGGUCGAAUUGUGGCAGGAUCUUACUACAAAACAGAAUUUCUUCAAGGUAAUCUUAAAUUACUUUUCAGAAUCAUAUUGAACAAAAAAUAAUUCCAGAUGCUUUUCCAUCGGAAUUCUACCGACGAUUUCUCUGACGACAUCACAAAAGGUUAAACUCAUUUUAAAAAACAUUACUGUUUCAAAAUCCUCAUAGGAACAUUUCGAAGGGAACUUACUGCAAUAAAUCUUCGUCUAACUUUUGAAAAUUUUACUGUUUUGAAACCCUGGUAACAACGUAUAAAACACAGAAAACGACUCUUCGCUUCGAGACCUCUUGAAAAAUUAGUCUAUGCUCCUUUAAUUUUUUAAAAAUCAAAACAAUUUUUAGAAGUUCCCGGCUGUGAAAAUAGCAACGGAUUUUGCGAUUUGGGCGUCUGGCAAGGCUUGGCUGACGCUGUGAAGCCCGACAUGGAAAUGAAUCAAGUAUUUCUUAUUAUAAUAAUUUUUAAAAUGAAACUUUUUCAGUGGUGCCAAGUGAAUCCGAUCCCUUCGACAGGUAAUUUUACUCAGGUCGGAUUUUUAAAAAAAUUAAAUAACUUUCCAGUUUCACCCAGACCAACUUCCGUAAAGUUGUCUACAAUUUCAGUGCAAUCCACGACAAGAAGUGCACAUCAAAGAAAUUUCCCCUCCAGUUUCGGAAUUAUUUUUUUGUCACGUUCCUUUUUUUCAAAGUUUAUUUUUUUGAAAUCGUUUGA